GAGAUGGCGCAGAAAGGAGUUCAGCUGGACCGGGAAACCUUCUCUUGUUCCAUCUGUCUGGAUCUACUCAAUGAUCCCGUGACUACUUCCUGUGGACACAACUACUGCAUGAACUGUAUUAAAAGCCACUGGGAUGGAGAGGACCGUAAGAAUAUCUACAGCUGUCCUCAGUGCAGGCAGACGUUUACACCGAGGCCUGUCUUGCUGAAAAACACCAUGUUAGCAGAUUUAGUGGAGGAGCUGAAGAAGACUGGACUCCAAGCUGCUCCUGCUGAUCACUGCUAUGCUGGAGCUCAAGAUGUGGCCUGUGAUUUUUGCACUGGGAGAAAACUAAAAGCCAUCAAGUCCUGUCUGGUCUGUUUGGCCUCUUACUGUGACCAACACCUCCAGGCUCAUUAUGAUGUUCCUCAAUUAAAGAAACACAAGCUGGUGGAGCCCUCCAAGAAGCUCCAGGAUAAUGUCUGCUCUCGUCAUGAUGAGGUGAUGAAGAUUUUCUGCCGUACUGAUCAGCAGCUUAUCUGUUAUCUCUGCUUAAUGGAGGAACAUAAAGGCCACGACACAGUCUCAGCUGCAGCAGAAAGGACUGAGAGGCAGAAAAAGCUCAUGGGGAGUCAACAAAACAUCCAGCAGAGAAUCCAGGACAGAGAGAAAGAUGUGAAGCUGCUUCAACAGCAGGUAGAGGCGAUCAAUGACUCUGCUGAUAAAGCAGUGGAGGACAGCGAGAAGAUCUUCUCUGAGCUGAUCUGUCUCAUGGAGAAAAGAAGCUCUGAUGUGAAGCAGCAGGUCAGAUCCCAGCAGCAAAGUGAAGUGAGUCGAGUCAAAGAGCUUCAGGAGAAGCUGGAGCAGGAGAUCACUGAGCUGAAGAGGAAACAUGCUGAGCUGAAGAAGCUCUCACACACAGAGGAUCACAACCAGUUUCUACACAACUACCCCUCACUGUCACCAGUCAGCCAAUCUACAUCCAGCAUCGAUAUCUGUCCUCUGAGCUACUUCGAGGACGUUACAGUGGCCGUGUUAGAAGUCAGAGAUAAACUACAGGACGUUCUGAGAGAGAAGUGGACAAACGUCUUACUUGCAGGGACUGAAGUGGAUGAUUCACUGCCACAACCAGAACCCAAGACCAGAGCUGACUUCCUAAAAUAUUCACGUGAAAUCACAUUGGACCCAAACACAGCAUACAUACAUCUGUUAUUAUCUGAGGGGAACAGAAAAGCAACAAGAAUGAGACAACAACAGUCUUAUUCUAGUCAGCCAGACAGAUUUAUUGGAUGUUCUCAGGUCCUGAGUAGAGAGAGUCUGACUGGACGUUGUUACUGGGAGGUGGAGAGGAGAGGAGUAGGAAUUUGUGUAGCAGUUGCAUACAAGAAUAUCAGUAGAGCAGGGAGCUGGUAUGAAUGUGUAUUUGGAUUGAAUGACAAAUCAUGGGCGUUACGUUGUGACAAAAAUAGUUAUUCACUUUGGUACAACAAUGUCCAAACUCUGAUCUCAGGUCCUGUGUCCUCUAGAAUAGGAGUGUACCUGGAUCACAGUGCAGGUAUUCUCUCUUUCUACAGCGUCUCUGAAACCAUGACUCUCCUCCACAGAGUCCAGAUUACAUUCAGUCAGCCGCUCUAUGCUGGACUGCGGCUUUAUUAUUCUCCUGGAGGAACUGCUGAGUUUUGUAAACUGAAAUAGACAGAAGUCAUUUUUAGGGUUAAUCUCUGUCUCCAUGUUUUUAGUUGAGAGAUGAUUGGUGUGGCAUUUCUUCACUGCUCAUGAUGAUGUUUGUUGACCUGAACUGAGAAUGAAAACUUCUCUGCUCUCUAAAUGUUUGAUGAAUAUUUGUAUCGAUGUAUUUGUAUGUUGUUGUUUCUCUUCCACAACAUGUGUCUGAAGAGAGAAAUCACCAGACCUCCUUUAUCCUCUAUACUUUGUUCUCUUUAUGGACGUUUGUACAGAAAUAUGUAAUCACAUGUAUCUGUUUAUCCUGAUCAUAAUCAAAGAGAUUUUUCAUUAUUGUCUUUUAUGGGAUUAUUUUCUCCGGAAACCAUCACCUUAUCGUGGUGGAGAGUUUUUUGUGUCCCUAUGAACCUGAGGGCUGUGUUGUCUGGAGCUUGGUGCUCCUGGUAGGGUCUCCUAUGGCACAGUGGUCUUAGAUGAGGGGCCAGAAAAAGAAUGGUUCAAAAACCCUAUGAGUAAACGAGGAAGAGGUAGAGUUACCCUGCCCGGAGGAAGCCCAGGGCCCCUGUCUGGAGCCAGGCCCAGAUGGAGGGCUCGUCAGCAUGCGCCUGGUGGCUGGGUUUGCCACAGAACCCGGCUGGGCACAACCUGAAGAAGCAACGUGUCACCUCCCUCUCCAUCCCAUGGGCCCACCACCUGUGGGGUCAGGGGUCGGGUGUGCUGCCACACGGGUGGCAGUGAAGGUCAGGGGCCUCGACGGACCAGACCUGGGCAGCAGAGGCUGGCUCUGGGAACGUGGAACAUCACCUCUCUGUUGGGGAAGGAGCCGGAACUUGUGCAGGAGGUAAAACUCUACCAAUCAGAUCUGGUUGGGCUUACCUCUACAUACAGUCUCGUUUCUGGAACCAUACUCCUGGAUAAGGGUUGGGCUCUUUUCUUCUCUGGAGUUGCCCAGGGUGUGAGGCGCUGGGCGGGUGUGGGUAUGCUCACAAGCCCCCCGGCUGAGUGCCGCUACGUUGGAGUUUACCCCGGUUGAUGAGAG